GCCAAAUUUUCCUCAUGCCAAGGCUUCGCUGGCUAGUAGGGACGGGCGGCUCUAGGGACAGCAAUGGUUUUGUACUACGUGAUCUCGAGACCGAAAUUAUGAUUAUCACAAUUUCUUACUUGCCUCUUAAGUUAUGAUAAUCAUAAUUUCGCGGCACGCAUAUUGCACAUCAAGAAGUCUGCGGAAGACCUUAGUUAACAUGGACCUAAAGCAGAUUGCACAUUUUUUUUUAUUUCCGCACGCACAAAAAGCACUACUUACAUUUUAUUACAUAAAUUACCUACUUGCGCGAAAUACCCUACUUACAUCACGUUGUAUUACUUACAUUAUGGUAGUUACACUGCUCUUACAGUACAACAUUUUCACAAGAUUACACACUUAUUUUUACAUGAAGGUUAUUCCACACAGAUUUUUGUUUUUAUGCUCAAGCAAACCUGAGUGAAACUAACCACAAGCAAACGAACCGCUGGCACACCUGAGUGGAACGAACCGCAAGCAAACCUGAGUGGAACUAACCAGAAGCAAACUUGAGUGGAACUGUCCGAGUGGAAUUAACCGGAAGCAAACCUGAGUAGAACUAACCGCAAGCAAACCUGAGUGGACCUAACCGCAUGCAAAUGCAUACAGCGAAAUUAUGACAAUCAUAACUUUACAGACAAAUAAGAAAUUGUUAUAAUCAUACAUUUGUUUUUUCUCGAGAGCACGUAGUUUUGUACCCGAACUUUUAAGGAAGUAGUUUCCAGUUCAGGUUUUCCGCCAUAGCUCUUACGAGAAAAUCCUCAGUUUUAACAAAGAACAAACCCCAUUAGCUCAGUAGGUAUAUUUUGGCUUUUAUCCAUGUCUUGUAAUAACAGUGCUAUGUGCCAAAUGUCAAUUACUUUACGUCAUUGUUCUGGUUUCAGCUGUUAAGAUGAGGCCAUGUCCCACUUCCUACUCUUGAUUAGUCGGUUACAAAAGAAACCGACAAGAAAUUUUUGGUUUUAAUAAAUGUAAUAAGUGGACCGGUAAUUGAGUUUGUUACCGCUUAUUAGAAUACAAACUGACUUUCGCCAAUAACAUCUUGCACAUAACAAAGGGUUCUUGGAAUCACACUGUUUGUAAUGUUCGACAAGCAGGACAAGUUGAAUGGUAUUCACAUCUAGUUCACAGCAUCGGACCUCGAUAUUGAAAAUCACCUGUAUGUUCUCAUAUUUUCCACUCUUCCAAAAAUAACAUGUAAAUAUGGUAUGUAAACGAUAACUGACAUGUCUAGGUUUGUUUAGUCGUAAACAGACAGAGUAAAUAUACUGAUGUUAUUUGCUCGAAAACUGAAACUAAAACAUCUCAAUUUUCCUUCGAGAAAUAACUUUUCAAAUUUGCUUUCUUCCGACGGAAAAUUUAAAUUGUUCUUAAAAAAGAUUAAUUGUCUUUCUACGGUGUCUCCAGUUUUUAUUGUGUUUGCCAGCAAUUGACGAGAUGUUUUAAACCUUGUUCGGUUUUCAUUUGUUACUUUGACAUUGUUUUGACAUUUUCCUGUGGCAAAAAUUGAUUAAAAGCGCCCAGAUUUUGUUAACCAGUUUUGCUUAAUUUGUAGGAAGUUUUCGACGAUUGAUGAUGUUAUUCACGUCUUUUCAAGACCUUUAGCCUGAUCUCGUCACUUCGCUGGACAUGAAUUGAGUAUCACUUAAAACGUGACGUUAUCUAGGAAAGUAUUUGAGAGUAUUUGAUACAGCUGAAAGUCAGAGAAGUAGACAUCGUUACUGACGGAGGAUACGAGCUGAGCGUGGAGGUUGAAGUCGUCGCUGACAACAAUGUCGUUUGGAAGCUCUCUGUGUGAAGGUGAGAGAGCACCAUUUGAGUUAUCAGUGACAACCGCAACCUUGUCAGUGAUCUUGUUAGUUGUGACAGUACCAGGGAACAUCUUAAUAUGCUGGGCCAUCGUUAAAGACCCUAACAAAGAACUCAGAUCGUCAUUCAACUACUUGGUCCUUAACCUUGCCAUCGCUGAUCUCAUCACUGGUGUUAUCACGGAGCCUUCAUUUGUCGUGUUUCAUGUCAGAGAAGCUUUAAGGUAUGAGGUCAUGAACCGCGUCGGGAUCGUUCAUGUUCCUUAUUUCAUCACUUGUACUGCAUCAAUGCUCAGUAUAGCGGCCCUGGCCACUGAAAGAUAUCUCACUGUUACUUCAACUUACAGAAGAACGUACUCGCGAUCAAGAGCAGUUUGGACAUCCGUUGGCAUAUGGAUGUUUUCUAUUGCUGCUUCGUUUAUUUACUUUGCAACCGGUUUCUACACUUUUGUCUUCGUGUUUGCCAACACGACUGUGAUCGCUACACUUGUCAUCAUAACUUUUGCCUAUAUUCGAAUCUACCAAAGCCUGCACACCCAUAUCGAGCAUGGUGAAACGACACGCGGCGAUCGAAUGAUGGAGCGGAGAUUAAAAUACGAGAAGAAAGCCACCAGAUCUUUCAUUUUUGUCCUCUUCGUUUUCAUUUGUUGCAAUGUUUCUUCCUGUGUCAUGAUUUACGUCAUUCUGUUCUGUGACGUAUGUGCCUGUGACGUCAUUCAUUGGCUGCGGGAUUUUCAGUUUUUAAUGGCUCUUGUCAACUGUUCAGCCAAUCAGUUUCUCUAUGCAUGGCGCAUGCCCAGUUUCACCAGAGCCUUCAAAGUACUAUUGACUGUCAAGGGAGCUCGGGUUGGAAGUGGUCAGUUGUCCCCGAUUACGGACAGGACUCAUUCUGGCACUGAGAGUAUAUCAGUUCAACACAAAGUGAAAAGCAGUGUGGUGUGAUUAUAACUGUAGCGCUGUUUUCCCACUGUAAAACAGAGCUGCCAACAAAAGUGCAGUUACAGAAAUUCCCCACUCGAAGUUAUUGGAACGGAAAGGAGGCGUAAUUUGAGUACACAUUCCAAGCAAUGAAAAUCUUUCGAUCUACAAGGAUGGGUCACGUGAUGCAAGUGGUAAACUUACUACCAGGGCUAAGAGUUCUUGGAAAGGGGGGUGGAGGGGGGGAGGGAGGGGCAAUCAGGCCGGCUCAGCAAGGAAGUUUUGGUUUUGUUAGCAGUUUGUAUCCAGGGACUGACGGCUGGAGGUUAAUAGACGUUGGUCGCAAUCCUUUAACUCGACAAUCUUUUUAAAUUAACUGAUUUUCUCUGUCUUCACUACCUUGCGUGACGCGCUUGGUCUGAAUUGAGGGAUCCUGGCGAUUGUGUAGUAAUGUUGAAAGGACCGUAUGAAAUCCCAUUGGUUCAGUAAUCAUACAAGCCAUUAACAAAAUCGGACUUAUCAUCAUCAUUUUCAGUGAUACGCCGAAGGGAGCUACAAAAACUAGUAGGCCGCAGUUGUUCAAAGGGUGGAAAACGCUAUCCACUGGAUAAAUGGCUAUCCAGCGAAUAAGUGUUGACAAAACAAACCGCGCUAUCCGCUGGAUAGUGAUUUAUCCGGAAGAUAUAUCCACUUUUUGAACAUCUGUAUGGGUCCAGACGUCGAGUCCGACUUGUUUCAUCACAUGUACGAUUACAGACCAAAGUUGCUUUGGUACAGUCGAAUUGGUUUCAUUUUAAGUCUUUUACUCUUUUCAGAUAUUCUAAAUUAAAGUUAUUAAUGAAUACUUUACUUGUAAUAUAGAGACAGCAAUUUCGCGAGGUUUGCAUGGUUGCACCAGGAUAUGAAAAGAAAUGUGUUCAGUACUGGUUCCACUUAGGUGUUCUGAUCAAUAACUACCAAGGUGGAGGCUAGAAGGGCGCGACCAUCGUUUUUAAACAAAUUAAUUUUGUUGCAUAUUGACUGCAGAAAAUCUUUGGGUCAUGUCACAGCAGUUCUUGUGAUGUCUCCAAUGAAUGGCUCUAUACACUUUAAGGGAACAAUAGAUCAAACAACAGAAACAAUGCCCCUAGCCCUAAAACAAUGACAGCUGCUACAAUAAUGAAACAACGGCAGCUUACGAGAGCUGCUACACUUUUAAAGUCUUUAAGAUGCCUAGCGUAAAGUACCAAGGGGUCACUGUUCUAUUCCAUAGCAUUAAGCUUAAGUUUUAAAAUGAAUAUUUCCAAAUAUUAUAAUAUAGCAAUAUUACUUGAUGGGACGCCUUCUUGUUGUGGCUAAUAACGUGCUAUAAAUAAUAUGUUACAUAGUCAUUGAAAUAGCUUAAAGUAUAAAGACAAUAGCUUUAAUCAGAAACUCAUAAGGGGGGUGUAAUGUGUCAUAUGGAUUCUACUUUACCGAUUGUUUUAUUUAUUUUCAAUAAAUUUAAGGUUCGCUCUCAUUUAUUUCAUGCCACCAGUUUUCUGGGACAAAUUACCUGAAUUCAAACAAAAGUGGCAACGUUAGCAUAACAAGAAAAUGAGCUGAUAUAUCUUUUCCUCUGAUCAUGUAUUCCGAAGAUAAUGCAUGACCAGUGUCAUAUUGUCGAGAGGAAAGGAAAGAGGUACUUAACGUCGUGCAAAAUCCCUUACGAGUUCCUGAUCUAAUCUUACAACCAUAUUUAAUACAAGAAAAGCUGUGCCUUUGAUAGAUGUGAUAGGUUUCGGACUACCCGCGGAGACUUCUAAGUCUUAUUCCAGCAGCUAUUAACAGCACGUCAGAGCUUCGAAUACUAAUCGUUUCAAGUCAGGUCGCGUUUUCUGAAUAAUUGUAACAUUACGUAAUAUAAAAUGGAACAACAAAAGUAGUAAUGAGCCUAUCUAUUGUACUUCAGUGACUGCCUUUUCUGUAAAGGAUUUACGAAUAUUACUUCUAGAUAAUGUAAAUAAAUCAUGAAGUACAAAAAAUUAA